UCGUGUUUAUUUUUGGCGGUCCUGUGAAACGUCAAAUGUACAUUUCCGGUAUUGACCGGAAGUAGGCUCGCCUUGGAUGGAUUCGAAAAUUCCACUCGUGGGCCACGUGACCGUUGCAUCUGUCAUGGCUGCGAUGGCUGUCACUGUUGUAUGACAGAAGGGAUCUGUCAAGUUUCUGAGCGGAUUACAAACAAACUGGAUCGGUGAUCGGUGUUGUCCUGGUCACCGUUGCCCUGAAUCUAAUAAUACGGGCCUAAUUGUCAUUUUUUAUGUACACGCAAGCGAUCAAGAUGCCGGUCCAGAAAGAUUCGAAUAUCGUGAAAAUCGCCGUUCAGAUGACCGAUCAAGUGCCGCAGCUCAUAGAAUUCAAUCAGAAGCAACCUUUGGCCGGAAUUAUUCAGGAAUUGUGCAACGGAUGGGAUUUACCUGACGCGGAAUCAUACUCGUUACAAUUUUCGGAAAAUAACAAUCAGAAUUACAUUACGGAGAAAAAUAGGAAUGAGGUGAAAAAUGGCAGUAUUCUCAGAUUAGAGUUUUCGCCAUCGAAAACAGCAAAUGAUAUUCUGGCUAAGCUCAAUAAUGGAACAACGGAAGAGAAAGUAGCGGCUUUGCAGAAGCUGAGCAUGCUUAGCAUAGAUAUGACUUUUGCACUGGAAUUUAUAAACAAGAAAGGGUUGGCAUUAAUCAUUUCACAAGUGGAAGGUGGAAAGUACAAGGGAAAUGCACUUGCGUUUUCUCUUCAGUCAUUUGUGGAAUUGAUGGAUCAUGGAAUUGUGUCGUGGGAUAUAUUGGAAACACCGUUUAUUAAUAAAGUAGCAAGCUAUGUCAAUAAUCAGUCGGUAACUCAGGACACCAAUGUAGUGGAAGCUUCUCUAAGUAUUCUAGAGAACAUAGUCCUGAAUUCAACAGGGAAAUAUGGACAGGUGGAAAAGGAAGUUACUUUCCCCAACCUUGUAAUGCAUUUGCAAUGUAUGAAUGCGCAAAUUCAACAAAACGCGAUAGCAUUAAUAAACGCACUGUUUUUGAAAGCUGAUUUAUACAAGAGACGAGCAGUUUCCGCCACAUUACAAUCCAAACAAGUCAGAAACGUAUUUUUGACAAACGUUAUACAAUCCACUGGGCAGGUUGGAGCGGAAAUGGCGCAUCAACUCUAUGUAUUGCAGACACUAAUGUUGAGCCUUUUGGAACAACGGAUGAUGACAAAAAUGGAUCCACAAGAUCAAGAUGCGCAUGAUAAGAUCAAGGAACUUCGAAAGAUUGCUUUUGAUACAGAAGGUGCGAUCAGCGGAGACGUAACAGCUCGCAAGCAAGGGCUUUUCGCCAAGGAUUAUAAGAAACUGGGCUUUAAAUAUGACAUCAAUCCAGCUCUUGAUUUUACUGAAACACCACCGGGUAUGCUGGCUCUUGACUGUAUGGUAUACUUUGCGCGUAAUCAUACUGAAGCAUAUACAAAGGUCGUUCUCGAGAAUUCAUGUCGAGCAGACGAGCAUGAAUGUCCUUUUGGUCGAACAAGUGUAGAACUCGUUAAAUUACUUUGCGAGGUGUUACGCAUUGGUGAAGCACCCAGUGAACAAGGUCAAUCUUAUCACCCGAUGUUCUUUACGCACGAUCAUCCUUUUGAGGAAUUUUAUUGUGUCUGCAUAGUUUUGCUAAAUAAGACGUGGAAGGAAAUGAGAGCGACCACGGAAGAUUUCGUCAAAGUCUUUUCUGUUGUACGAGAGCAAAUUACCAGGGCGCUUCAAUGCAAACCCACAGGAUUGGAUAAGUUUAAAAAUAAGUUGCAGCAGCUCACGUAUUCCACUAUCACUAAUCUCUGGCAGCAGGAGAGAACAAGCAGGGAAGAAUGGGAGAGUCAUGCGAGGCCGAUCGUUGAGCUUAGAGAACAAAUUACGCCUGAAAUCUUAGAAUUAAUCCAACAACAGCGAUUAGGAUUUUUGGUACAAGGCACCAGAUUUAUGAAAUACAGUGCUAGAGGACAGCGGGUCAAAGAUAAAUUUUGGUAUGUCCGUUUAUCGCCAAAUCAUAAAGUCUUCCAUUACGGAGAUUGUGACGAGAAAUCGGUGCCAACAAUAGACGAACUUCCUACGAAACUAGCGGUAGUAGAAAUUCGAGGAUUGCUAAUUGGCAGAGACUGUCCACACAUGAAAGAUUUGCAGAGACGGAAAACUACACACCAGUUGGCGUUUUCUUUGAUCUUGGAUUCCGUCGAAGUAUCUAGUCUCGAUUUUGUUGCUCCCGAUGAACAAGUCUUUGAUUAUUGGACCGAUGGCAUUAAUGCUUUACUCGGAAACAGAAUGACUAGUAAGGAAGCUGAAAAAGACUUGGAGACUCUAUUAUCCAUGGACAUCAAGUUACGGCUUCUAGAUGCUGAAGGAAUUGAUAUUCCACAAGAUCCACCUGCAGUCCCCGAACCGCCACCAAAUUAUGACUUCUGUUAUGAACUAAAGUAAAAACUUCUGCUAUGAAUUAAAGUAAGUCACUUUGUGUCAUAUAAAGCUUACAUCACUAUUAUAUUGACUUGAUAGACAAGACAUAUUAGUCAUUUUGUUCUUUUUACAUAUACAAUAAUUUUUUAAAUAUUUUUUCGUAAUCUUUUUGUAUUUUAUUACUAUGAUGUAGAUUCAGAUUUUUUAGCUGUAAUUUUUUGUUGCAUGUUUUAAUUGUACAAGAGCAAUACAUCUUGC